AUGUGCAGCAUGCAGGCUUGCUUGGCGCAGAGCUUCCUGGACUGCGAUGAUUCCUGGUCCGACUUCCGCACGCGCUUGGCCUCGAAUGCGGAGCGGGGCUUCCCUCGCGAUGUGGAGCUGGCGGUGGUGGCACAGGAUCUGGUACAGCAGUACGGGGAUGAUUUGGAGGUGGACCCAGGUGCCAACUACGGCGCCAGCCGAGGCAUGCGGACCUUCACGGAGCACUGUAACGCGCCGACUCCAAAAGGCGACUUUUGUUUAUAUGGCCUAGUCUCUGCGCUGUGGAUGAUUGCACGGCAUGACCAUCCAGACAGUCAGAACUUGCUGCAACAUGCCAACUUCUUAUUGGGUUCCACCAUGAACCAUGUCUUGGACUUCACGGAGAGCUCCGCUUGGCCCAUUGGCACUUUAGACAUCCUGGCGAACCUGGAGUCCCCAGACCGCUUCCUGUUGCCGCCGGAGAUCAAGCAACGAGCUACACGGACCCUGCGCCCCCUGGCAGUGGUGGAGUCACAGCGGUUACCCGAGCGCUUUGAGCAUCCGCCGAUCCGUUUGGAGGUUUGGGAGUUGGGCGUCCAUGCUUCUCUGAGCGCUGAGGCGAUCCAGAUGUUGCUGCGGACCCUGGCCGUGGCGGAGUUCAAGUUCCGGAACAUCCUGAAGGAUCAGUAUCCGUUGUGGCUCCCGGAGAAGUGCCAGACCCUCUACUGGCAUCCGCGCUUGGACUGCACUGAGCCCGAGGACGAGAUCACCGAGCUCUUUCGGAGCUUCGUGCCGCUGAGCGCCACGUCCAAAGAGCCCAUCGUCGAUAUGGAUCGCUUCAUCCGGGAGUUUGAGAAGGUGGCGGGGCAACGCUUGAACUUUGUGGAUUUGCUCGUUUGUACGGUGCCCUAUUUGUGUUUGCUCUUUGAGCCUGUGGACCUCCCCACGAUUGGAUACUUUGGGCAUCCAUUGCUCUUCAUGGUUCCUGAGGAGGAAGAGCUCCGAGAGAAGUUCUGGAAACGCUUUGCCGACAUGGAGGCGAAGAGUGGAGUGGCCUUUGCAGUGAGUGAUCCCUUCCUGCAGAUGCAAUAUGAGUACCAGCUGGGCCGUCGCUUGACGGUGCUGCGGACGCACGCGCUCUACACGGGCGCGACGCACAUGCCCCAGCGACCGGAGGAGAUUUUGGUCUUGGAUCGGCCGCAUGAGGCGAUUCUCAUGUGUACGCUGCAGCGGUUGCUGGGUGAGCCCUUGGACUGGCGCACCAGCGACGGUCGCUUACGCGCGGCGGGCAGUGCCACGUAUCCCUUUCGCUUCCUGACGCGGCAGCUGACGGAUAAGAAGUUCAGCACCUUUGCGCAGUUCCGAGCCGUGGCGUUGUGGCCCUACGACAUGGAUCUCAUCACCUUCUAUGAGUUUUAUGGCAUGAACAUGCCGAUCUUCAUGCCUUCGCACCUCUCGAAGUACAUCUUCCAUCAAGACCACGAACACUACGACUUCCGCUGGGCUGCCCGAAACGUGGACUACGAGUCUCCGGAGCCAGCCCUCUGGAGCAGCGAGCUCACUGACCGAAGCCCCUUUGAGGAGUCGUCGCCGGAGGCCGUGGCGCGGAUCGUGGAAUACGCGGACUACUUCCGAUUUCCGGAAGUGCAGCACUUCGACUCCAUCCCCGCUUUGUUGGAGAUGUUGUUGAAGGUGGACUUCUUUGAGAUCACACAGGAAAUGGCUCGCUUCAACCAGGAUUCCUUGGUCGAGACUUUGCGUUCGUGGCGCGUCCUUGCGCAAGGGACCACUGGCUUUGAGCCCUCCUUCUUCUGA